UCUCCUUCGUCCGAGGAGAUUAAGGCAAAACUAUCUUUCCUUACCUGUCAGCCACCUCUCUACUCGGCUUCAUUCCACCCUCCGCGGCGGCGCGUGAACCGCACAAUGAGCGCCUGCAAAACCCUGGUUCGCACGUCGCUCUUCUCUCUCGAGUCCAGCCUCCGGACCAGUCACCGCGUCUCAUUCUCUCUCCCGCUCCGGUCUCUGCACUCUUUCCCUCCUCCUACUCGAGGAUUGCGCCUCAUUAAACCCCACGGAGUUUCGGCGAGAUGCCUCGGCUCGAUUCCAGGAGCUGUCGCUCUAGUACCGACCGAAGUGUCCAACGAAGAUUCGCCGUGCGAGAGCCCGUCGGAGAACACGGUGGAGCACUUGCUUAUGGACCGUGAGGACGUGACGCAGCUGAUGAAGAUGGAGCGUAAGUCCGCGAUUGGCGAUUUCGGCAAGAGGUGGUUCCCUUAUCUGGACAGGUUCAACUGCGGGGCUUCCGAUUUGAGCAGCGGCGAGGUGUUGGAAGCUCUCGAUCCGCUCAUAAUGGACGUGAGGAAGGAGAGGUUCAGGAACGCGGUGAGGAAUCGGAGCUACUCGGUGUGCUUAGUGGUGGAAGGGCUCUGCGACUUUGGGAACGUCUCCGCCGCGUUCCGAUCAGCGGACGCCCUGGGGUUUCAGUCCGUUCACGUCGUGUCAUGCGAUAGCUCGAAAAGGUAUAGAGAAAAUAGGCAUGUCAGCAUGGGCGCUGAGAAAUGGUUGGACAUUGAACUUUGGAACUCAACCCAAGAGUGCUUUAGAGUUCUCAGAUCUCGAGGUUAUCGAAUUGCCACAACUCAUUUGGCAACAGAUGCGGUGUCCAUUUAUGAUAUGAAUUGGUCUUAUCCCACUGCAAUUGUAGUCGGCAAUGAGAACAGGGGAAUUAGUGAUGAGGCCCUGCAGUUGUCGGAUCUCCACUGCAGCAUCCCGAUGAAGGGCAUGGUGGACUCCUUCAAUGUCUCUGUUGCUGCGGGUAUUCUGAUGCAUCAUGCUGUUUUUGACAGAACUUCUCGAUUGGGCCACCAUGGUGAUCUAACAAUGGAAGAAAGUCAAAUCCUGCUUGCAGAAUUCUCUCUACGUCACAGCAAGAGUGCCAUUAGCAUUGCUCAUGAAUAUGCUAAGAGGAGGGAUGCAACUCUCAUGUCGAAACUUUGAUGGAUAUGAUCAAGUUGGGUCUCUUAUUGUUGGCGUUUGCCCCAUCCAUUGUCUCAAAAGCUCAGCAAAAUCUUCUCACAAAUUUGAGAUAAGAAAACUAGGAGGUAAAAAUCUGCCACGACGUGGCAUUUAAGUGCCUGGUUGCGUCUACAUGAGCUGCUUGCAGCUGCAAGAUGCUGCUCUUGCGCUGAAGGCGGAGGACUCCUCUGUAACCGCUGCUGACUAGGGCUGCAAUUUGGCUCGUUUUGGUCAUCAGGGCUCGUGAAUUACCCACGUCGGUUGAAAUUGAUAGGAAGCCCUUGCAAGUUUAUCCUUUGGGAAAGGGCAGCUUGUACCCGUCCUCUAACAUAUGGCUUACACAGGACCCCGAUUGUGUCAUUAAUGAUAUUCGCACACAUUUUUUUUUCAUUAG